AUGUGGCUGCUUUCGUUGCUAGAGGACGGACAGCCGUUGCUGACCAAAUUCCUCGACGACAUCCCACCCUACGCUAUCCUAUCACACACUUGGGGCAAGAAUGAAGAGGAGGUCAGCUUCGAGGAUCUAAGGCGAAAGGCCCCGAGCACAACCAAGGGAUACGGGCACGACAAAAUCCAAUUCUGCGGCAAGCAGGCUGCUGCAGAUGGUCUCAAGUAUUUCUGGGUCGAUACGUGUUGCAUCGACAAGCGCAGCAGCGCUGAGCUCCAAGAAGCCAUUACUUCCAUGUACAAGUGGUACCAAAAGGCGGCUCGCUGCUAUGUCUACUUGCGCGACGUGAAAUUUGACAAGCACGAUCCGGGUGCAUGGAAAGACUCCUUCCGGAGAAGCAAAUGGCACACACGUGGCUGGACGCUACAGGAACUUCUAGCACCAUCCUCUGUUGAGUUCUUCGAUGUCGACUGCAACCGGAUUGGCGACAAAACAUCCCUCAUCAGACUCCUCCAUGACAUUACGGGUAUUCCGAUGGAGGCGCUGAAUGGCCGGCCAUUAUCCACAUUCAGCAUCGAUGAACGUAUGUUAUGGACCGAACUUCGCGAGACAACCCUCAAAGAGGACAGGGCAUACUGCCUACUUGGAAUCUUUGGUGUGUCCAUGUCAAUGCGCUAUGGUGAAGGCGUGGAGGCAAUGAAGAGGCUUCGAGGCAAGAUCCAACGACCUACGUUUAUUGGCGCCCCUUGCAAGAUUCCCUUGGGCAGGAAUAAAGCAUUCGUCGGUCGAGAAAAUCUACUUCGAAGACUGUUGCAGAUAUUACCGCCGAGUAGCGAACCUCAAGAUUGCCAACGAAUAGCGAUUGAGGGUCUUGGGGGCAUUGGUAAAACCCAAAUUGCACUUGAAGCUGCAUUCCAAUUGCAUGAAACAUACCCCGACUGCGCUGUCUUUUGGGUUACAGCUGUCACUCGAGCGACGUUUGAGAACGGCUAUCGGGAGAUCGGGAGAGAGCUUGACAUAACUGAUAUCGACGACGACGAAGCUGAUGUAAAUGCACUAGUCGUUUCUGCUUUAAAUAAUCGCUCGAGCAACUGGUUAUUGAUCAUCGACAAUCUUGAUGACAUGGACAUGUUGGCUGCAACUGACAAUAACCCCGCGUUAUCAAAUCAUUUGCCAUUUAGCACCAAAGGCGCCAUCCUCUUCACAACGCGCAACCAUGAAGUGACAGUAAAUCUUGACGUUGGGCUUGAUCAAACAAUCACAAUCGAAAAAAUGUCCGAGUCCGAGGCUAUGAAGAUGCUGAAAGAAGGCCUCAAGGCGAGGCAAACUCGAGAUCAAUACAGUACCAAAGUAUUGCUUGAGCUUUUGGCUCAUUUGCCGCUGGCAAUAAAACAGGCUGCGGCUUACAUGGCACGCACGGGCAUGACGACCAAGCAAUACUUAGAAAGCUAUCGUCGCUCUGAUACAAGCCGCAUCACCUUUUUGAAUCGAAAUUUCGCAGAUCGAGGCCGACACCAAGAGACUGCCAACCCGAUCUCGCAGACCUGGCUGGUAUCCUUCGAUCACAUCAAGAAGCACCAUCCCUUGGCAGCGAGGUAUCUUAAUCUCAUUUGCUUUCUUGCGGAGGAGGACAUCCCGCUAGAACUGUUUCCGGAAGAAGAUCUGGAAACUAACCAAAGGGAGGAAGCGAUUGGUGUCCUUUUGGGAUAUUCUUUCAUCACGGAGCGAGACGAUGGAGACUCUUUCGAUAUCCACCGACUGGUGAGAUUGGCGACGCGCAACUCGAUGGAGCAGACUGAUGCCGAUGAAUACCUGACAAUCAUAGCAGAAAAGCUCUUGCAACAGUACCCUUACCCCGAACGUGGAAACAUAUACAUCUGCAUGAGGUAUACACCGCACGUUGAAGCGGUCCUAAGUUCUAAAGGAACAAAUCUUGAUCCAGAGUGCAAGGAAGAACUUCUUGAGAGACUGAGCAACUAUACCAAACUGCAAAAAGACGACAUAGCGCUGAAAAUGCAUCAAGAUGAAUUACGAUUGCGCCAAGAAGAGCUUGGUCCAACACACGAGGAUACACUCACUAGCAUGCAUAGCUUGGCACUUUUGCUCGCGGCUCUGGGGAGACACAACCAGGCCCAGCAAAUACUUCGACAUGUAACACGACUGCGAGAGGAGCAGAUUGGGCCCAGACAUCCUGAUACGCUUUCAAGCUUGGAUUCUCUAGGAAACGUCCUCUACGAUAUGAGGAGGUAUGAGGAAGCAGAACAGAUUCAUCGACGAUCGCUAUACCGGCGCCAAUUGAGGUUUGGAAUCAAGCAUAUUGAAACGCUAUAUACAAUGAACAAUUGGGCACUUGCGCUUGGUGCAUUAGGAAGACAUGAAGAGGCCGAGAAGGUCCAUCGCCAAGAAUGGCAUCUCUGUAAAGAGCUACUCGGGGAAGGGGAUCCCGAGACGUUAUACAGUAUGAACAACCUGGCACUCAUGGUCAUGAAGCUUGGGCAAUACGAAACAGCAGAAGAAUUACUUCGAGAUUGUUUAAAUCUACGCCGAAAAGAGCUUGGACCGACACAUCCUGAUACUCUAGUCACCCUGAACAACUUGGCGCUCGUACUAGGAGAACUAGAGGAGUUCGAAGAGGCAGAAAGCAUGCAUCGGGAGGAAUUACAACUUUUUCGAAAAAUAAUGGGCCCAAAGCACCCUGACAUACUUAUUAGUAUGAGCAAUCUGGCCGCUGUCCUUGAGAGAGCAGGGAAAGACGAUGAAGCGGAAGAAAUAUUUCAAGCAACAGAAAGGCUCAGGAAAGAAAUCGAAAGCCCAACAACCCCCAGUAACAAGAGUGGUACAGAUAUGGAUGUUAUUAUCUCCAUGUACGAUGACCUAGAGGCAGAGGUGAAAGCUUAG